CCAGCAUCGAAUGCAAACUCAUCAAGUCGAUUCUCAGCAAUAUUACUGGGAUGAGAUUGGUUGCUCGCUACAAAGUUCGCCAACUCAUCGGUUUCAAUCACUCAACCCACUUCGCUUCUACUCAUGAUUUUGUGCCUCACGUGUGAUUUGUCAACUACAGUUUGAUGGAUUCAAAAUCUUCCUUUCCGUAUCAAAUCUUAAUUGCUAUAUCCUGGUAUUGCUUCCACUACUGAAAAUUGAAAGUUUUCCGUCUCGUCGCACAUGCCGCUUUCUGAGAAGACAUAGAAGAUUGUUGCAAGGACUCAAUGGAGGAUUUGAACGGAGAAGAGGGCAAAAAGAAAGAGGCAGAGACACAUCGAGAAAUUCAAAGAACGGCAACAAAGAGGCACGAGGAAGUUAACCAGCAGAGAAGUGAGGUGCCAUUCAUUUCGCUACAC